AUGGAGGGUAAAAUCCACAAGAAGUACAAAGUGGUGAAGAACGAAGAUGUGAACCAUCGGUACACUAUCAACGACGUAGAGGUGUACUUCCCCUACGAGCUGUACGACUGCCAGUAUAACUACAUGUUGAGCGUUUUGAAUGCACUGAAGAAGAAGGAAAAUGCGAUUUUGGAGUCCCCAACUGGGACGGGAAAGACGCUGUGUCUACUCUGCGCGAGUAUUAGCUACCUGGUGGACGUGAUGGAGAAGAAGGGAGCUUUCUCGGAAAAUAUAAACAUUACGGAGAAUAAAAAGAAUAUAUCAUUCGAUUUUAAGGAGAAUGAAAAUAGUAAAGGUAGCCCAGCGAAAGUUGCCCCCCCGAGUGACUUCCCCAAAAUAAUUUACGCAUCUAGAACCCACAGUCAGUUGAAGCAAGUUAUAAAGGAGUUAAAAAAUGUAUACUUUAUUAAGAACAAUGAAAAAUACAAACUGCUGACAACUAUUUUGGGUUCCAGAGACCAGCUAUGUGUUCACAAUAUUAACUACAACUACAAAGGAACCAUGUUGAAUAAUAUGUGUAAGAGGACGAGGAAGAAUGGAGAGUGCAUGUACCACAAUGGAUUGAAGUACCUAUACAAGUUAAAACAUUUAUUUACUACCCCCAUGGAUGUGGAAACACUUAGCGAGAUAGGAAAGGGGAACUCGGUAGGGCAAAAUAUCCAUUUUUGCCCAUUUUACGCCACGAGGGAAAUUCAGAAUGAAUGCCACGUAAUUCUGCUUCCAUAUAACUACCUCUUCGAAGAAAGCACAAGGAAAAUCCUCAAACUGAACUUAGAAAAUAGCAUCAUUAUAAUUGACGAAGGGCACAAUAUAGAAACUGUUGCAGAAGAAGCGGUGUCCUUCAAAAUUAGGGACUCCGAAUUGAACCUCUUUCUGGAGGGCAUCAAGGCUACGCUAACUGUGCUGGACAAAGUGAACGAUGUUGAUAAGGAAACGAAAGACAAAGUCAAUGUGGACCAACUGUUCAUACUGAAUAGAAGUAUCACAGCGUUGAUCUCCUGGCUGGACAAUGAAAGAUUGGAAAAAAAUGAAAAAAAUAAAGUUAAAGAAAAACAUAAGACCUAUGAAGGGAAACAAAUUUUUGAUAUUUUCGAAAAAAAUAACAUAAACAUAACAAAGGAUAAUUUUGAAAAUUUUCACACUUUGCUGUCAUCCAUGGUGGAAUUACUGAAUAGAUAUAUUAACGACUUUAAGAUCUCACAGAUGGACGUGAAAAAUAUCACCAAGUAUAUCUCUACCAUUGAUAACAUCAGGAAAUCGUUCAGCAUCCUCUUUAGCGAUAUAGUGAGAAAUUGUAUUGAAUAUUUUCAACUGUACAUUAAUGAAGAGAAGGUGGCUUACUCUGAAUGUGGUGAUGUGAACAAAGUGUACGAUAACAUGAAAAAAUUUGCCAAGAAUAAAACCAAAAUUGUGUAUGAUAAGUAUAACUACACCAUGAGCAAGAAUAUAUCACUUUUGUGCUUUUCCGCCACGGCUAGUUUAUGUGGAAUUAUAAAAGAAAAAGUCAAUUCAGUUAUUGUAACGUCGGGUACGUUGUCCCCAAUCGAGCCGUUUUCCAAGCAACUUAGCGGGAAUUAUUUCUCCUUCAAACAUAUCCUUGAAAAUGACCACGUGAUAAAAUCUCAUCAACUAUUCGUUGGCUGUAUGACGCAUUAUAACAAUCAAAUUUUGCUGUCGACAUAUGAAAAUAGGAGCAAUGACAACUACAUGAAAGCAUUGGGGAAUUGCAUUUUCGACUUGAUUAUUUGCAUCCCAUAUGGAGUGUUAAUUUUCUUUUCCUCCUACAGUUCUAUGACCGAAACGGUGAAUGCUUGGAAAAAAUUUAAAAUCUUCGAAAAGAUAAAUUCCUACAAAACCAUAUUCGUGGAACCAAAUAAAGCAGCAGAAUUGAAGGACAUCCUAGAUCAGUACGAAAAUAUUAUCAAGAAGAAAAGAAAAGGAGCCAUUCUUAUGGGAGUUUGUAGAGGAAAAAUCUCGGAAGGAAUAGACUUCAAGGAUGACUGCUGUAGGGGAGUCAUUAUUUGUGGUUUGCCAUAUGGAAAUGUGUAUGACAGCAAAAUUAUUUUCAAGAAGGAAUUUCUCGACAAUUUUAAGUACGAAUCUUCUGGAAAUGAUAUGAUUGGUGGGGCUAAUGGAGGGGGUGUCCAAUCAAACAACACCACUUUAUCGAACAUUUCCAAGGGGAACAAAUGGUACAAUGAAGAAGCAAUGAGGUCGAUCAACCAGUCUAUAGGAAGAGUCAUUCGACAUAAAAAUGACUACGGGUCUAUUUUCUUUUUAGAUUCUAGAUUUUCCAACAAUCAGAGGAUUAAGGAAAUCUCCAAAUGGGUCAGGACUCACUUUCGCAUAUAUAGAGAUAUCGAACAGAUACAAAGUGACAUAGACAAAUUUUUUGAGCUCUUUAAGGGGAUACAACAGAACAAUCUGGACUUAAGCGCUAGUGCAAGUGCGGGGGAGAAUACCAAGGGGGAGUGGAAUAGCAGUAGUGCUAGUGGAAAUACAAGUAGUCAAAUCCAAAAAAUCGGAAAGAAUUUUCAAGACUGCUAUAUCAAGAGCAGUAACGACAAGACCAACAGGAACAAACACUCCAUGGCACAAAACAAGUUUGUCUUUAACCCCAUUAAGAAGAUGAAAAAUCAACCCAAAAUACUUAGCAUGAUACAGAAUAUCACUAAGGGGAAAAACCAGGAGAAGAACAUUUUGAUCGAUGAUAACAAAGACCUGAACAUUUUUAAAAGUGGUGAUGAGGUGGGUGCGGAGCAGGCUGGUGGAGCUAAGCUCAGCAGCACCAAGCAGGACAACACCAAGUUGGACAGCACCAAGUUGGACAACGCCAAGUUGCUCAUUUCAUCAUUUAGAGAAAUCCUAUCGAAGGAUAUCUACGACCAGGUUUUUGAGCUCAUCAAGGAUACCAAGAAGAUGAGCAGCGAAAAUAAGUACGAGUUGAUGAUUAGCAAAAUUUUGGAGCUAGUCGUUCAGAAUUUUGUUCAGGAGAGAAGGGAAGCCUCAGAAGGGGGGAAAGUCGCAAAUGGAUCCGCUAAGCAGGGCGAAGAUGGCAAGGAGGAUUCCCUCAAAGAUACAUACGCCCACUCAAGUGCAACACAACACUUCAACGAUGUAAUGACUGCCCAUCAGUUGAAGAUCGUGUGGCGUAUGCUGGUUAACCUCAUUAACAAUUUUUUUCCAGUUCAAGAAAAGGAAAAAUGUUUUUUUGUCCUUCAGAAGAGGUUUAAGGAGAGGACCACUAACUUUGACGAGUUGGAGAA